AUGGAACUGGCGAAAGGCAAGCUAGGGUCACCAAACGCAGGGCGCACCAUCUUCAUCACCGCCCUCGUCUUCUGCCUCCUAUUGCUCGCGUGGGGACGCAACGCCUUUUCCGACGUCGAGCUACUGCAGAACGUCCUCACGGGCACGUGUGUCGCCGUAAGUGCCGCCAACGACCUCAGCCAGGACGGCAAGGCGCUGCAGCUGUGCGGCAUCCCGCCGCGCUCUGGUUUCGUCGCGCAGCUCAUCGGCGGCCUGGCCGGCUCAAUCGUGGUGCCGUGCGCGCUGUACGUCGCCGACGACGCGUAUGGUCUCGGCACCGAGCGCUUGAUUGCGCCGCAGGGCCAGAUGUUCGCCACGCUGGUCGACGGGCUUGCGGGAUAUUGGGAUACUUGGGCAAGGGCCGUGUGCAGGUAG